GAUCUGGUUGAUAGUGUAUGGGAAAAUCACCCAACCACAAUAUUAAGGAUACAAAAUAUGCUUGAAACUCCAAUCAAGCAGAUCAUGCAUUUCUUUAACAAUAACUUCUUCCUUUCAUUGCUAAAUGGCUAUAAGAAAUAUCAGGAAAUUUUUCAAUUUAAAGAGGCGGAUAAAAUGCUGCAAAACCUUGUAUUUUUUCCCGUUACUGAUUUGCAUAUUGAUACUUGUUAUUCAUAUAUUGGAAGAAUUAAAAAAUUUCCAAAACUAUUUGUCAGAAAAUUUUAUGGAUCGUGGAAAUAUCAAUAAUAAUGACAACGGAGGCGAACUGACAUUAAUAACAGCUUAUUUUAACAUCGGGUCAUUUAAAAAAGGUCCACAACUUAUAUAUUCACAAAGCUCAUAUUAUGAUUGGAUGAAAAGUUUUCAGUCUGUGAACAAUAGUGUAAUCCUUUAUACGGACGCAAUUAGUUUAUCGGUGCAAUUCAAACUAUAUCGAGCACAUUUCCCAAAACACAUGACUAAAGUAUUCAUAGUGAAUCAAAGAAGCCUCUGGGCUUUUCAAUUGAAAUCAAGAAUCGAAGAAAUUUAUAGCCAACCAGGGUACCCGAUAUAUUAUCCAAAUGUGGGAGAGCCUGCUUAUUCAUGUGUAAUGCAUGCUAAGUAUGAACUGAUGGAACAAGUAAUAAAAGAGAAGUUAUUUAAGACCAAAUAUAUUGCAUGGAUCGAUAUAGGCUAUUUUAGAAGGACGAAACCCGGUUGUUUUAAAAUGGAACCUCCUAAGGAUAUAAGAGAUGAUCAUAUUUUAUUUUCACAAGUAGAUUUUUUCAAAUAUCACCUCACUAUGACGGAAAUUAUAUAUAAAAGUAGUUUAUUCAUAGCUGGUGGAUUUUUCAUUGGAAGACCGGAUAAUCUUCUGUUGUUCAUUGAGGAUUAUAAGUUAGCCGUUGAAAGUUUGCUUGACAUGAAUGUAAUGAACUCAGAUCAGCAAGUAUUGUUCAUAUUGUAUUCAUCAAAACUACCCUUUAAUCCUAGAAUACCAAUUCAAACUUUUUUUAACCCAAUAAGUUUGAAAAAAGGAAGAAAAGAUCGAUGGCAUUUUCUUGGUAAACUCUGUCAGAGGUUUAUCAAAUGGAAAGGAAGUGGAGACACCUGUAUCGCUUAAUAAAAUGAAAUAUAUAUUUAUCUUUCCGUUUAUUUAAUAUGUUUCUGACAGUAAGACAUCCCAUGCAAUUGUCGUUACUUUCAUGAACACAAUAAUAAGUUGCAAGGCAUUAUUGCAUCCUGUGUGGAGUUCUUAAUAUCCACCGCUGGCAACUAGUACAAAGAGAACUUUUCAUUCUAUUACAUAGUGUACUUCAAAUCAAAAAUAAGGCAGUGUAUCUAUUAAAAUAACUGUUUAAGAUAAAAGAAACAAAAGCAAAAAAGAAAACAUUGAAUUUGAUACGAGACAAAUACUGAGCUUAAGACAAAGGAUAGAAACACACAUUAUUUUGGGUUUAGGUAGAUCCAGUGGCUUGUGCUAUCUUGGAUAUAAAAAGAAACAGAACAUAAUCAAUUUAGAUCUAACACAAAACAUUAAAAGAUUUGAGAUAGCAAUGUGAUUCACUUGUGAGACUUGCCAUUACAAUGUAAAAACUAUGUGAGUUAUCUUAAUAUAAAAACAAUUUUAAAAAUACUGAUUUUGUUUUCUGAUUCAUGUAUUUGUUGAUGUGUCUUAUAAGGGAGAUACUUUAUAGAUAAACUUACUUUUAUAAAGGAAUGUGUACUAAGUUUACAAAUGAAAAAAAAAAAAAAACGAGUCCCAAUUUUACUAUUUAUUUUCUGAAAGCUAAAUUAUUUUCUAAUAUUGUAUCUUUAAAUUAUAUGGUUUUCUUGCUAUCACACAAAAUGUUGAACAACGUGUAGAUUGAAAAGUUCCGUGACACUUUCUUUCUAUUAUACUGUUGGAAAAAAAAGCAUGAUAUUAACUUCAUUUUGACAAAUUACUUUAUCGAUUUUAAUGUAGACCCUAAAUCUGCCUUAAAUUAAUUUUCUUGUUAUUCAAACCCCAUCCCAAACGAUCAUAUGAAACUAGUCAACAAUGAGCAAAACCAAUAUGGUGUACAUAAUUCCCCAACCGAUGUGUUCCUAAACAAAUAUAAUCGUCUUGUUGUUUACUGAAAAUUAUGCACAUUAAUACAAUCAUACUAAAUGAAAAUAACACUUUAAAAUUUUCGUGCGUCCGACACAUGUUUCUAGAUUUAACUUUAUCGGAACGCUUACACAUAAACAAUAUCAAAAAUGUGUUAUUAUUUAACACAAGAGACACAUUUACUAAAGUUUUAUGAGAAACUAAUCAAUACAAAAAUUCGAAGGAGAUUUGUCUUUUUCAGUUAUGGCCAGAACAAACUUACAGAUGGGUGUAGUCCUAACCUGUACAACAAGUUAACUUGCUAACCAGUCAAAGUUAACACGAGAUAGGUUUGAGGAGUGCUACAACCGGUCCUAGGACCACAAUCAAGUUAAAUCGAAAAACAGACUUAGUCCUUGGACUGCCGAAACAGUUAACUUUAGAGAGGUCUGCUACUGAAAUUCGGCAAUAAGUUAACUUCGAUUUUGACAACUCCGAUUGACCUGAUCUGAAGUUAACUUUUGGCUUGUUUGCUCAACACUAAGUAAAACUGCUCUACAUCGAUUGAUAAAACAUUUAUAAAUGUUAUUGUUUCUUGAUAUAAACAUUACAGAUUAAAUACAUUUGUAAAUAAAGUACGCAUAAAAACUU